AUGCCAUCCUCAUUCUUUUCCCGUCUUCUCCCCUCCGUCGCUCCUCCAGUAGCUCUACAUCCUGAGGAGUGGCGCAAGUUCCAGAUUAUCGAUCGCACCAACAUCACCCACAACGUCGUCAAGUUCACCUUCUCGCUUCAGACGCCCGACACGGUGCUCGGCCUUCCCAUCGGACAACACGUCGUCCUGCAUUUCUUUCUUUCUGUCGUACGCGUUCCCUCCCUCAUCCGUCUCCCGGACCAGGGGGAAGGACGAGAGCGGGGAGGAGUUUACGCGGAAAUACACGCCAACAACGCUCGACACCGAUACCCCAACGGCGCCAUGCCUCAGUACCUCAACAAGCUGGAAGUCGGCCUCCUGCUCCUCACUCGACUUAAAAGCAUACGAAUCAUCUCUGCAUGCCUACUCGCCCGUUUCUUCCCUUCAUUCUGCCACAUCUACCCCAACGGCGCCAUGCCUCAGUACCUCAACAAGAUGGAAAAUUACCCCAACGGCGCCAUGUCUCAGUACCUCAACAAGAUGGAAGUCGGCAACUUCGUCGCCAUGCGAGGGCCCAAGGGUAAAUUCAAGUACCGCCCCAACAUGUGCCGUGCGAUGGGCAUGAUCGCAGGAGGCACCGGGGUGACUCCCAUGUUCCAGGUAGCACGAGCCAUUCUGGAAAACCCUGCAGACCGCACCAGCAUCUCGCUCAUUUUUGCCAACGUCACAGCCGACGAUAUCCUGCUCAAGCUCCUCACCCCCUCCGCCGUUCUGCGCCCCUCUGCCCCUCCGCCCUUCCGCUCCCCUCUGCCCCUCCGCCCCUCUGCCCCUCUGCCCCUGCGCCCUUUCUCCCUGUUACAGGACGAGCUAGAGGCGCUGCAUAAGUAA